AUGGCCUCUAGAACCAGGCUGGAGACUUUGAACAUCAAUUCAGCACAACUGGGCUUGCAUAUCCAUGACGGCGUCGACUUCGCCAUCACGAAUUCGACGGCUAUAUCGGGGGCGCUGGAGACUGUUGCGUUUGCCUCGCGUGGGAUUUGGGCGGGAUCUGUGUCUAGGUCACUGCUCAAUAUGUUGUCUAUGAAGACAAAUGGUGGUUCGGUGAGUGUGCAUGUCGAACCCAAACCCGCCGUGGAUGGCGGCUCGCUUCAAGUAAAUUUCAAAGCAGAGUCGCGUAUGGGCAGCAUCCGCGUAGACGUUGAGCACGAACAUAGCCCCGAGCGCGACUACCAGACAGAUGUCAACAGGACCGAUGGCUCAAUAAACGGCACGUUUAUCCACAGCUCUAAAACCGUGAUAAAAUCCGUCGCUGGCUUGGUGACUGCAGACCUGUUGCCAUACAAAUCUGGUGACUACCCUUCGAUAAUCGAUACUAAUACGCAGUCGGGGCAGACUAGUGUUACCGUGCGGACGCCGUAUAAGACGAAAGGCCUCCCCAUGACCGGACUAGUUAGCUCGCACACAAUGAUGUCCGGUGCGUUAGGGUUGGCGCACCCGCGAGAAUGGGAGGUGCAUGUAACGGGGACGUCGACGAGCGGGAUUCUGCAUCUGCAGGGCAAGAGUCUCGAGUUGGUUGGCGAGAAUGACGAGUUGAGGGGAAUCAUGUUGGAGCGAGGAAAGGAGGUGGGGGGAAGUAGUAUGCCGAUUUCCACGGUGGAUGAAGGGUAUGAGGUUGAGAGUGGGACGAUGUCAGGCUAUUGUUGCUCGAGGUUACCUGCUCUGAUGGAACAAACAUUGUGA